CUACGCCGGCCACGCAACCACUAACGAACGAGUCGCCGCCGUCGCCGGUCACCUUGUUUGUUUCGGCGCGAGCGGACGAGCGAAUCGUCGGAUAUAAACAAGCGACGGAUACCAACAAGAUGCCCGGCGACUCGCUCGUUAGUAGUUGCGCGACCGGAGUAGCGGACAGCAGCAGUGACGAGCGUGACGACUGAUUCUCGUCAAUUUCGCGUAAUUCGUGAGUGUCGUUCGCGCGCACGACGCGCAGCGUCGGCAUGAAGUUGUCGAGUGUCGACGUUUGUAUCUCUCGACGAGCGGAGCGCCAUAACGCAUCGGUCGUUUCGUUUCGAUAGUGUUCAGUCGCGAGUGUCGUAUUGUAGCAGUAAGCCUACUGCAUUGUACAUUGAAUAAAUAACGAGGCCCACUACAGAUUAGCUUGAUCGCGACGUUUUCGCGAUCAAACUAAUCUGUGAAUGUUGCCUGUGACUACAACGGGGGAGCAUGAGACGACGGCGAAGCCGGGGAGACAUCAGGGCGCCUCCGGGGCAUCGGAAUGUUUAAUCAUGAUCGUCUUACGAUGAUUGGUGUGAUCGCGUUUUCGCGAGUGUCGCCUGUGAGCGUGCGAGACAACGACGAAGCCUGGAGGACAUCUGCAGGUUCGUGGGCAGGCAGGGCAUCUUCGAGGGACAUCAUCUUCGGGUCAUCUGUUCGUUGGCAGGCAAGCGUCUUCGAGGUCAUCUUCGGGAUAUCUGGUUUCGCGGAGAAGCCUCUACAAGUACUGGAGGUGACAGUCUACCUGCCGCUGCGAUUCAAUAAAGACGCGAUCGCUGUCAGUGCCGAUUAUCGCAUGGAUGAAAACGUCGGAAAACGUCGGUGAUGCUAAGCGGAAAAUGAUUGUAACUCAAGUAUUCCUUUUACUCCUCUCAACCUCGAGGGCGUACACACUUCAAGAGUCGGUCUCAACUGAUUCGACUCCGAGCAGUAACAAUUGCUACGGGUCCACCGACAGCUUCCUCAUUCUUCGUUCCCCAAACGAGGCACGGGAGGACGAGAUGGACACGGUGGUGGCGGACGUGCUCGUGGACGAUACGAAGAACAACUCGAACGUGUCGCAUCCGAGAACGUUGACCUUUCCCAAAGACUGGGACGAGAAACCGAGGCUAAAGUUCCCGAAAUUCGCAGAGGAGGGGCGUUAUAAGAUGACGAGUUUGCAUCUCGAUAAGGGAUGGUUCCCCUUCGAUUUUCUCAGAGGCUUCCUAUCCUUCGUACAACCUUACGACAUACCGAUCGAUCUACUAACAGACGCCGUGGAAAAUCGCAUAAGCAUCACUAAAUUGAUCUCAGAGUCUAUGCACGUGGAAGCAGCUUUUCUGGGCUUAGUAGGCAUGUGCUGCGUACUGGCCUGCAUAAUACCUGGCAUAGAACUUUGGCUCGCCUGUCGCCCAAUCAGAGAGGAUUACAAACCCUCUCGGCAUCCCGGUGUUCUCGCAUUUCUCCUCGCUGUUCUCGUCCUUAUACUCGGGUCUUGCAUGGUGACAAUGAUAAUAUGCAACGAAGCAGUGGCGGUCGGGAUCGAGAAACUCCCUGUGACUGUAGAGACGGCAUUGCAGGAUUUAAAGGACUACCACGCGAACACGAUGUCACAGCUGCAAAAGUGCCUCGCGAGAAGUUUGGACGUGGCCAGCGAAGCGAUUCUCACGGAUCUGGACAACGUCGAGGAAUUAUUGGGCAAACCCGUGCAGGCCGAACUCUUGGCUGAAACUGGACUUGACGUGGCACUGGAUGCGCUCGUUGACCUGGGAAAUGCGACGCAAGAGUUAUCUGCCAGGACGGAAUCUUUGCUCAGGGAGGGUGAACGAGCUCGCGAACUAGGAUUGGAAUUGAGUAGAGAAACGGAGGAGAUACGGCGGGACUUGGAAGGUGCAGUGAGAGCAUGCUUGGGUCCAGAUCGUUCUCUUUGUGCUGUCAUUGACUCUUCGGGGAUUCGCUUGGAUCUACGGAUAGAACGGCUAUUGAGAGACGAUCGAAUUCUGCGUCUACGGAGCACCAGUUGGAAAAAUUUGACGGAAGCAAGACGCCAGGCUCGCGGAGAGUUCCUCCAUGUACCGCAUUAUAUUGCCCGGACCACAUUGGAUGCUCGCAAUCAAAUUCGACGCGAGAUCAAUGCAGUACGUGUCAGGAUUAUCGAGCAAACGCGCGCUGUAGAGACGAACAGUUCCGAAUUUUCAAAGCAGUUUGAUUCUGCGAGAAGUAUCGCGGAUUACGUUAUACCUCAUGUCACCUCUUUCGAGCAUAUCAGAUGGAUCAUCGGAACGGCUAGUGCUUUAUCCAUUUUACUGAUUCUUUCGUUACUGAUUGGAGCUUUGUGUUGUCGUUGCGGAUCAUCUGAAGAUAAAGUGCGUCCACUUCUUUUAUGUGGUGUGGCUAUGAGUUGUUUUGUCUCGAUUACAUUAUGGAUAGUGUUCGUCGUUGCUUUGGGCAUCGCUAGCCAUACAGAAAUGUUGAUAUGUCGACCACUGUUCGAUCCUGACUAUCAUACUAUGGAAGUUGUAUUGGAAAGUCGAAUGUUUUUAGGAAGAAAACUCACAGUCCCUCUUAAGGAGCUGUUUGAAAAAUGUCAAAACAACGAGGCAACCUAUCUCGCUCUCGGGCUGGAAAACGUGAUGAAUCUGGACCAUUUGACUGCGCAUUGGGCAUGGCCAGGCCUGUCUAAAGCAAUCUCUAAUGUCAAAGUCGAUUUGAAGGGUUUGCAAAUAUUAACGCCGAAUUUACAGCAACAUCUUGAGGAUCUUUUAUACGCUUAUAGUUUAAACCUCACCGGGAACAGAAUUAUGAUUCAAGGACCGAUUCUUAGUAAAGAUAUAAGUACAUUGUCCGAUCUAUUAGACAAUGUAUCCCAUCAGCUGCAGGACCGAAGUAUUGCCAGGGAACUGCAAAGUAUCGGAACGACAAUACGGAAUCUGACAUUGCGACGGGUAAAAUCACUGAUAAAGUUACAGAACGAUCUGAUUUAUCGUCUUACGAGUCUAGAGUUGCAGGUGCAACCUCUUUGGCGUCAAGUCAAUCAAUCAAUUUCUCAUUUGAGGACAAUACAAUGUUACUUAGAUCAUCAUGGAGAAAAGAUUGCUGAGUUGAAGAAAAAAUUGUAUGUGGACCAACUAUCGAAUUACUUGAAUCAAUGGCGAACUCACGUAUUUUCUGAGACGAGAGUAUCCAAGUGUCGACAUUUGUGGAACGUUCUUGAAGGAUUCAGAUACUUACUGUGUGCUCACAUUUUAAGUCCUCUUGACGGGUUCUGGUUUGCUACGUUCGUAGGCGUAAUCGUUAUGAUAAUCAGCACACCAACAGCGCAUAUUUUGUCACUGGUGCAUAAGAAAUUGUCUCAAUUUAUAGAUGAUGCCACCCUACUGUCAACAAGAACGGAAAGUCUCCUUACGGAUGACGACAAAACGUGGCAAAUGCCAGAACCACCGCCGCCGCCGCCGUCACAAAGCGAUUGGUAACAAACGAGAAUUGAAGAACGAGGACUUCGCGUGUGUUGUAGGCAGAUUCAAAAAGAAAUUAAUGUAGCAAAGCUUUAAUAUAGCAAAAAAACGUUGACGAGGUUUGAAGUAUAGAUCGUACAAAAUAAGUUUUACUUGUAUCUAAUUUACUGCAAGCAGAUUUCUAAAAGCCGACUGCCGUUCAUACAUUUUUUAUGAACUAUGACUCACGUGAUCUCAGAAUUCUACCAUUUGUGCGAGAAAUUCUUCAUGUGUUUGUUUGUUAAAAAAAUAAACCUUUCAAAUGUA